CCAUCGUAUGAGCGUCAACGUCAACCAGGGCAUACGCAUGCACAGUCGACCGCUGAGCAUGAGCGGGAUACGCAAACGUCUCCCGUUCGCGUCGGGAGACUUGACUGAGGACGACGGGCACGUUCUCGACGAUCAAGAGCAGGAUGAGUUAAUCAAGGAUCUGCGUCGCAGAAAUAUCCAGCAGAUGCACGACUAUACAAUUGGUCUCAGGUUCCUAGUCGGACUCUCAUACAUCUUACACGCGAUAUCUCUAUUUUCUUCAUACCCUACACCUCUGCAUGCCCUCCUCACUUCAGCACAAACCCCGCUCCCACGUCCGCUCCCUUUAUUCCCCUUCUUCACGCUCAACUCAAUCCUCAUCCACCUCACGCUCUUCGUGCACCUCACGCCCUCAAUGAACCUCAUCUCCCCCACGCGCACCCUCUCUUUCCUCCCCAUGCCCUUCUCCGUCUUCAUCCCGCAGAUCCUCUACCGCCCGCACAAGAUCCUCGCCAUAGCGUCGCUCCCGCCCAUCCUGCUCGCGCUCGUAUGCAAGCUCGCGGGUCGCUCGGACUGGACGAGCCUCGGGUGGUGGUGCAACCCGCUCGUCCUCGUCGGCAUCGUCAAGGUCGUCGAGGGCUGGAUCGGAGACGCCGAGGAGGACGUCAAGCGGCUCGAGCGGAUGAAGUACAACUACCGCGGCGCCUAGAUCGCCGCCACUGCAUGAUUGGUGUUAUAUAGACACGGGCACGUUUUCGUUUACUCUGUCUUACGGCUGGGUCUCGUUCACAUGUACUCAUUGAUCUCUCCCCAAUGUAGCUAUAUUGUAGAUUAUUAGUUAUAUGCUUUCAUGCUGUCGCUCCGCUCAUCUAAACUUUUUUUCCCAUUCACAACGGCUUAAUGUUCGGGACGAAUCAGGCGGGCGUGUCCUCACUGCUACGAC